UAUGAUUUUUAGUUUAUUUAGUCUGAUUCUCCUUCCUGUUAGUGGACUUGACAUUAGUUCUAAUGAUAAUUUUGGACGUGGAAAAGGGCGGAAUACAAUCGGAAAUAUUAACAAACCGACAUUAAACCUUGGUCUUAUUCUUCCACAGUCAGUCUUCAAAGAGAAGCAAUACAGGGCUGCAGUAAUCGAAGCGGUUGACCUGGUCAAGAAUAAAAGACGACCUGCAUUCAGGUUUCUUAAUGAUUACCACCUAGAUGAUAGACAAAUACAUUUCUCAAUGAUGAGUGUUAACCCAAGUCCAACAGUGAUAUUGGAGAACUUGUGUGAAACCUUUCUUGAGAAUAAUGUGACUGCCAUCAUCUAUAUGACCAACAGUGAAAUGUUCGGUCGUUCUACCGCUGCCAGUCAAUAUUUUUUGCAGUUAGCAGGAUAUCUCGGAAUUCCAGUGAUAGCUUGGAACGCUGAUAAUUCAGGACUUCAGGAUCAAUCCCAAUCCCGGCUCAGGGUUCAGCUUGCACCAAGUCUUGAACAUCAAGUCGAAGCCAUGCUUGCACUUCUAAUUAGGUAUAAUUGGCAACAGUUCUCAGUAGUCACAUCUGAUAUAGCUGGUCAUGAUGAUUUCAUCCAAGCUGUCAGGGACAAGGUGGUGUACUUCAGGGACAAGAUGAACUUCAAGUUUUUUGUCCAAGCUGAAGUGAAAGUGAACUCACAGGAAGAUAUGAAUACGCUGACUAAUGCUGAAACUAGAAUCAUCUUGCUCUACAGUACAAAGGAGGAAGCUCGGCAUAUAAUGAGUUGGGCCGAUCAGGCUGGUUUGACCGGAACAAACUAUGUUUGGAUUGUAACGCAAAGUGUCAUAGGUGAAAGUGAAGGAGGAUCUGCCGAGGCAUUAACACAGUUUCCUAUUGGAAUGCUAGGAGUCAGCUUCCCAACUUCAUUUCAAGCUUUAAUAGAUCAGAUUCCUGUAGCACUGUCAGUAUAUGCAGAAGGGGUAGAAAGGUUAUUGAGUACACCGCUGAAUGGGACCCUUAUGCCUCAUCUAUCCUGCACCGAAGGAACUAAGAGUACAGAAGCAAGCUGGGAUUUAGGAGAAACAUUUUACAAGCACAUUAAAUCUGUCCGUAUGGCCGGAAGUGCCGGCAAACCGGAAGUAAAGUUCCUGGCCGACGGUAGUCUCUCCAAUGUUGAGCUGAUGGUGAUGAAUCUCCGGAAACCCACUUCCGGUUCCAGCGUUCAACAUAUUUGGGAGAAGAUCGGAGUGUGGAAGUCCUGGAAGUCUGAAGCCCACGGUCUGGAGAUUAAAGAUAUAAUUUGGCCGGGGGAUAGUCAUGUUCCACCACAGGGUGUUCCUGAGAAGUUUCAUUUAACAGUUGGAUUCCUUGAGGAACCACCCUUUAUCAACAUAGCUCCCCCUGAUCCGGUUUCUGGCAAGUGUAAUGUGGAUCGAGGGAUUCGUUGCAGGAUGGAAAACAGUACUGAGGCUGAGAAAAAGAAUGGAACUGAACAGUUCCAAUGUUGUUCUGGAUUCUGUGUGGACCUUCUUGCCAAGUUUGCUGAGGACUUACAGUUUGAGUUUGAUCUAGUGAGAGUUCAGGAUCCGAAAUGGGGAUCAAUAGUGAAUGGAAAAUGGAACGGGUUGAUGUUAGAACUUGUCUCUAAAAAGUUUGACAUGGUUUUAACCUCUCUGAAGAUAAAUGCUGAAAGAGAAUCUGUUGUAGACUUCACUGCUCCUUUCCUAGAGUCUGGGACUGCAAUCCUGGUUGCAAAAAGAACUGGAAUUAUCUCUCCAACAGCAUUCCUGGAACCUUUUGACGCUGCUUCCUGGCUGCUGAUUGCCUUUGCUGCCGUUCAGAUCUCCGCUCUGACGAUCUUCUUCUUUGAAUGGUUGAGUCCUGCAGGAUAUAAUAUGAAGACUAGUUCUGAACCAGACCACAAGUUCUCUAUAUGUCGAACCUUCUGGAUGGUUUGGGCUCUUCUGUUUCAAGCUCCAGUACAGAUGGACUGUCCAAGAGCUUUCACUGCUAGGUUCAUGGCCUCUGUCUGGGCUUUGUUUGCUGUCGUCUUCCUUGCUAUUUAUACAGCUAACCUUGCGGCAUUCAUGAUCACGAGGGAGGAGUGGGAUCAAUUCCAGGGAAUAGAUGAUACUAGGCUGACAAACCCUCAGAGCAUGAAACCACCCCUGAGAUUUGGAACAGUCCCCUGGACCUAUACAGAGAAUGCUAUCAGGAGACAUUUCCCCAACAUGCAUAUGUACAUGAAGGCCUUCAACAAGGAGAACGUGAUGGAAGGAGUAGAAGCUGUCAAGAAAGGGGAGCUGGAUGCAUUUAUAUAUGAUGGGACUGUUCUUGAGUAUAUCGUCGGCCAAGAUGACGAAUGUAGACUUUUAACUGUAGGAAACUGGUAUGCUAUGACCGGAUAUGGAGUUGCUUUCCCUCGACACUCAAAGCAUUUCCCGAACUUUAAUAAGAAAGUGAUGGAUUACUCUGAAAACGGAGAUUUAGAGCGUCUACGCAGAUUCUGGUUAACUGGUACUUGUAGACCCAGAAAACAGGAGAAGCGGUCUAGUGAACCUCUGGCUCCUGAACAGUUCCUUUCAGCCUUCUUCCUUCUACUCCUGGGGGUUUGUUUAGCUGCAGGUCUGUGUAGCUUUGAAUAUCUGUACUGUCAUUACAUCAGAUCAAAAAUAGCUCGACGUGAUACACCUGGAUGCUGCUCUCUUAUCAGUCAGAGUAUGGGAGCAUCUUUAACGAUGAAAGGGACAGUUCUUGAGGCUAGUGCUAUGCUGAGCAGACAUAAAUGUCCAGAUCCUACUUGUGAUACUAUCCUUUGGAAGGUUAAAAGAGAACUAGAUCUAACCCGCCUAAAGCUCUCUGAACUAAAAGCUGAAGUUGAGGCUAGAGGUUUAGAAAAAACAUCCAAUCCUUCAACUCAUCAGGAGAGAAUAUUUGAAGUUACUGAAGAUUUUCUAACAGAAACAAUUGUGGAAAGAUGUUCCACUGAUCUAGGCUGUUCAACAGAUUCAGCCAGGAUUUCUGAUGAUAGUAGUGAUAAAACAUCAUUCAUAGAGCAACAUGCUUCAAAAAGAGAUAUAUUCAGGAGAUACAGUCAAGGAUUUUCAGAGAUAGAAACAGUUUUGUAAAAUUGUUGAAAAUAUUUAAAAUACAGUGGUAACCAGAAAACAGUGGAUUGAUUUUUUUUCUUUCACAUUUCCAAUGAUAAAAUGUCACCAAAAAAUGUGCAUUGUAAUAAAAGCAAACUUAUCGAUAACACAAUUGUGUAAUUUGUUAGAUAGAUGACAUUUUUGUGAAGCACUAUAAACGUCAAAAGACUUUAAAUGUCUCAAAACGAUCCUGAAAACGAUCCUGAAACCGAUCUUCAAAAACGAUCCUCAAAACGAUCCUGAAAGCGAUCCUGAAAACGAUCCUGAAACCGAUCUUCAAAAACGAUCCUGAAAACGAUCCUGAAACCGAUCUUCAAAAACGAUCCUGAAAACGAUGCAUCAGUAGGAUGACGACGAUCAUUCCACAGUUUUCUGGUUACAGCUGAAUAAAUUAUUUAUAUUAUUUAUAUCAUACUUUUUAUAUAAAUUAUGAUUUUUCACAUUCUCCGUUAAUUUAAAGUAUUAGAAAUAUUUGUUAUUUGUAAAAAAAAAUCAUAAUUGUAAAUAAAAUAAUUUUGUUGCAAGGCUUAAAGCGAAAAAGAUGUCAUGACAUAUUGUUUUAGCCAAACUUAUAUUUUGUCAACCUCAGUUGAACUUCAAGCAAAAAAUCAAAUUUUUAUAAAUACUAAUCAAGAAUAAAUUAAAUCAAACUUUGAGUUUCUGUUUCAAGUAUUUUAAAAUGAUAAAUAUUAUAUUGUUAAAUAAGAAGAAUUUCCAAAUGUUUAGAAUCGAAGAAAAUAUGACUAUAUGGCUUUACAGAAGUAAGAGGCUUGAAUUUAAAAAACUGUUAUUGCUAUUUUUACUGUAAAUAAUGUUCUGGUUUAUUUAUCGAAAGUGAUCGAAGAAAAGUGGAACUAUCAAACUUUAUUAGAUUAAAACUAAAUAGAAUCUCAUUAAGCUUUUACAUGAAUCUGACAAUACCUUACACAAAUGAUUAUCAAAAUGUUAGAAACAAGAAUAUAGAUGAAGGAAUAGCUAAAAGUUGUUUUUUAAGAAUUUGGAAAUUCUUAGAUUUAAAGUUGUUAUAUUGUUGUAAACAUAAAAGUGCUAAUUCAUUAUUUAAAUAAUUGUCAAAAUAUUAUUGUUAGUUAAUAAAUAUCAUCUGUUGUAUUA